UAGUUUGUCUUGUUGGCAAUUUUAACCACCAAAACAUUGUUAGUUGUCCAAUUACAAUUACAAUAACCAGCGGUAGAAGGGGGAUCUUCCAUCCGUUGGAUUUCAAUCUGUCUUCAAUUUUCUUCGAAUUUCGACGGUGAUCCUUACUUUUCUGUCUUCACAGAUACUCGGAAGAGAGAGAGCGAUGAAUCGAUUCUGAAGAACCAAAUAGCCCCUUUUCCCUAAAAAGGAGGUUCCUUUCUUCGUUCUCUCUGUGUCACUCUCUCUCUCUUUCUCUCCCAAUUUUCGUUCAACUUCUUUUGGUUCUUCUUUCUGCCGUCGAACCCUCCUGAAUGAAGAAACAAAGGAAAGCGAGAAAAUAAAUGAAAACAAUUGAAACUUGAGGAGACCAUCAGUUUUUCAUGCUUGAAUUCUGAUUUUUUUUCGAAGUGGGUGUUGAGAUUUGUCCAUAAAUAAUGGAUUUGGAUAACAUUGAGUGCGUAUCGUCUACAGAUGGCAUGGAAGAUGAAGAGAUCAAUUCUAAUCAUCCUCAUACUUAUCAUCAUCAAUACCCAUCAAAGCUACACAAUAAUCACAUUCUCCCCACUGGAAUUGUCCCUACAGGCGUCCAUGAAUUGCUGGAAUGCCCUGUUUGCACCAAUUCUAUGUACCCUCCAAUCCAUCAGUGUCACAAUGGUCACACACUGUGUUCCACCUGUAAAACAAGGGUGCAUAACCGAUGCCCAACUUGUAGACAAGAGCUCGGAGAUAUCAGGUGCUUAGCACUGGAGAAGGUAGCAGAAUCGGUUCAACUGCCCUGCAAGUAUUAUUCAUCGGGAUGCCCAGAGAUAUUUCUGUAUUACUGCAAACUCAAACACGAGGCAUUGUGCAACUUCAGGCCAUAUAAUUGCCCAUAUGCUGGAUCAGAGUGCUCUGCUACUGGGGACAUUCCUUAUCUGGUUGGCCAUCUGAGAGAUGAUCACAAAGUGGACAUGCACAGUGGAUGUACAUUCAACCAUCGGUAUGUGAAGUCCAAUCCACGUGAAGUAGAAAAUGCCACCUGGAUGCUUACAUGUCACAAUGGUCACACACUGUGUUCCACCUGUAAAACAAGGGUGCAUAACCGAUGCCCAACUUGUAGACAAGAGCUCGGAGAUAUCAGGUGCUUAGCACUGGAGAAGGUAGCAGAAUCGGUUCAACUGCCCUGCAAGUAUUAUUCAUCGGGAUGCCCAGAGAUAUUUCUGUAUUACUGCAAACUCAAACACGAGGCAUUGUGCAACUUCAGGCCAUAUAAUUGCCCAUAUGCUGGAUCAGAGUGCUCUGCUACUGGGGACAUUCCUUAUCUGGUUGGCCAUCUGAGAGAUGAUCACAAAGUGGACAUGCACAGUGGAUGUACAUUCAACCAUCGGUAUGUGAAGUCCAAUCCACGUGAAGUAGAAAAUGCCACCUGGAUGCUUACAGUCUUCCAUUGUUUUGGUCAAUACUUCUGCCUUCACUUUGAAGCCUUCCAGCUUGGCAUGGCCCCUGUUUACAUGGCAUUUCUUCGUUUCAUGGGCGAUGAGAUUGAGGCUCGCACUUACAGCUACAGCCUAGAGGUAGGAGCAAAUGGCAGGAAGCUCAUAUGGGAGGGUACUCCCAGGAGCAUCCGCGAUAGCCACCGUAAGGUAAGGGACAGCCAUGAUGGUCUCAUUAUCCAGCGACAUAUGGCACUUUUCUUCUCUGGUGGGGACAGGAAGGAGCUGAAGCUUAGAGUUACAGGAAGAAUAUGGAAGGAACAACAGAGUCCAGAUGGUGGGGUAUGCAUGCCAAAUCUCUGUAGCUGAGGUAGUUAAUUUUGGAAGGCAUUUUUAACAGUUCGUGUUUUUCACUCCGUGUAUGUGUUGUAUUGUACCCUUACGAACUUGUUCUGCUUGUUAAUGUAUAAGGAAGGUUGAAUUACCCGCAGUUUCUGCAAUUUUAGUUUCAAUAAAUUGUUUAAUA